AUGGUCUACUACGACACCACCAACGACCUCGUCCAGGCGUUUAGCCGCCAGAUCGGCAUGCACGAGGCGACCAGUACCCUCUUUUAUGCUGACAACGACCGCGCUCUCACGUUGGCCAACCUGCGUCAUGGCCACACUGUGCUUGAGAUUGGCUCGGGCCAUGGCCAACUGAUCACCAAGGUCAAGCCCAUCAUCGGCAACGGUUUCUGUGUCGCGGUUGAUGCGGUGCAAGGCUUUGUCAAGACGGACAUUCCGUGGGCCAUUCAUCGCGCGCGCCUCUCCGUCUAUCCCUCGAACACGCCUGACAACGACAUCCAUCUCCUAUGCACCCUGGCUACUGAUCCAGGCUUCCGCGCACGUGUUCGUGGUUUGCCGGAAGCUCCGCAGAAUGGGUUCGACCGAAUCUUUGCGAUCCACGUCCUCAACACCGUCCCCCCUGGGCAGCGCAAGGAGUUCCUCCGCCGAUUGCGCACAAUGCUCGCGCCAGAUGGCAUCCUCAUCACCAACAUGUCGGCCCGCUUCCUCGCUAUCGCCCCGAGCCCCGAGCAUGCCGGCGUUCCUGUUCAGUUCCGCGAUGGUUACACCGAGGCGCCAGGGAGUGUAGUCGUCUCCGACCUCCAGGGCACUGUCGACGCCCCUAUCGGUCCUUUUCCACGCAAGGUUGUCAACGCCGCAGUUCAAAUCUCGCACAACCCACUGUGGAUUGAGUCCCGUGUACAGGCGCGUGAGGCUGCGGAAGCGGCUGGCUUUAUGGUCCACAACUCUGUCGACCUUGGCAAAGGCGAUCUCUUUUCCCUCACUGCUCUCCCUGGCUCUCCACCUCAAGCGACCCUCAACAACAUGCGUCGCGAAGACCUCAUGCGAUGGAACGAGCCAGGUGCGUUGCAGCCAGGGUACAAGUGCAUUGGCCGGGCGUUCUUCAACUGUGUUUCGCGCGAACCUGGCUUCGCCUAUAAGCCCGACGCGGUGAAGCAGGGCACCUUCGUCUUGCGCGCGCAGAGGGCCGUCGAGGAUUUUAUGCGAGUCAACCAUCAGGCAGGAAGGGUCAUUGAGCACGAGCAGGUGGGCACUUUGGUGAAACUGGGCAAGGUCUAG